GCCACAAAUCCUCUCUGCAUGUGUUCUUUUGUUUGAGAUUUCUCUCGUUUCGAUCACAUUGCGUUGAGUUUUCUUUCUCGGAAAGUUUUGAGGCUUGUUUGGAUCGAGAGAAAAUGGGGAUUCAAGACCAGGUGGGGAAAAUGCAGGCCCGUCAGGGGUACCGGAAUCUAUGGCACGCCGAUUUGAUGGGCACCGCGACCACCGACAGUCCCUACUUUUGCUUUGCAUGUCUCUGUGGUCCGUGCGUUUCUUACCUGCUGCGCAAACGAGCUCUUUACAAUGAUAUGUCAAGGUACACAUGCUGUGCCGGAUAUAUGCCAUGCAGUGGAAAGUUUGGAGAAAGGCGUUGCCCUCAGCUGUGUCUUCUUACGGAGGUCUGCUGCUGCUUUGCAAGUUCAGUUUCCUCGACACGCUUUCUAAUCCAAGAUGAGUUUAAUAUUCAAACAACACCGUGCGACAAUUGCAUUAUUGGAUGUAUGCUCUGCCUCAACCAACUUGCAUGUAUAUGCUCCUUGAUUGCUUGCUUAACUGGAAGCGAAGAGCUCUCGGAUAUUUCCAGUGUGUUGAACUGUAUAGCUGACAUGGUGUUCUGCUCGGUCUGUGCUUGCAUGCAGACCCAGCACAAGAUUGAACUGGACAAAAGGGAUGGCAAGCUUGGUCAACCACGCGUGAUGGCAGUUCCACCGAUGCAGCAGAUGUCACGGAUUGAUCAGCCAGUUUCUCCUCAUGCCGGAUAUAAACAUCCACACGCUGGAUAUCCACCUCCACCAACAGGAUAUCCAAAUCAACCGGUAGGAUAUCCAACUCCACCGGCAGGAUAUCCAAAUCAACCGCCAGGAUAUCCUCCCGCGGGAUAUCCGAACCAACAUCCAGGGUAUCCAAACCAACAUGCAGGGUAUCCAAAUCAACAUGCAGGGUGUGGACAUCAUCAGCCAGUUGGAUAUAUGCAUCCACCGGCAUAUGGGCAACCAGUAUAUCCUCCAGGGCCUCCACCUUCUGCGCAUCCUCCUCCAGAGUCGGGAGAAUUUUAUAACCCCGGACCUCCUCCUCCACCUCCUGGCUAUACUCCAGAAUCUGCAUCUGCUCCUCCAUAUCCUCCAGGUCCUCCACCGAUUUCUCAUCAGGAGGCUUAUCCUCAACCUUCUCCUCUUAGCCGCACCGGUACCGAUCCUCCCAAGUGAUCUGUUCGUACAAUGCAGACCGAUCUGCCAUAGAAUAGAAAACACCUAUCCAAAAAAUAAAACAUGACUUUGAAGAGUCCUUAAUAUGUUGUUAAUA